AUGUGGCUUGUUUUAUUAUUAUUAAUCAAUUCUCUUCUAGCGAAAGCAUUUCCUUACACAUGUCGAACGAAUGUCGAUUGUAUGAAUAUUCUCAUGAAUUCCCUAUGCCACAAUUCGAAGUGUGUAUGUCGGAAGGGAUACAAGUGGGAUGAACUAUUCGAGUGUACGAUUGAAAAACGUUAUCGUCGACAAAUUGAUUUUGGAAUUCGAAUGUUAGGAGAAGAAUGCGAAUCGAAUGAUGAAUGUCGUCGAACGCCUGUUGAUGGUGCUAAAAUUUGUUUACUAAGUCAAUGUCAAUGUUCACCUGGACAUGUACCGAUCGAUGCGUAUCGCUGUAUUCGAGAUUUCGAACAAUUAUCAUCAAAUACACGAAGAGUGAAGUCAUAUGAUCGAGAAGAACCUCCUGGCUACGGUUCGAUAUGUGUCACAAACAAAGAUUGUCAACAUUCAACGGUUCAACUGGAAUGUCUUCGUGGUUCUUGUGUAUGUUUGGAAGGGUAUGUUCCUUUAGGAAAAUAUUUAUGCUACAAUAUUCGUGGAGGAGGUGCGCCGAUCAUCGAAAGUACAACCAUCGAUUCGUUAUUGACAACAACCAUACCUAUCAUUGAUUCAUCAGCAGAUGAAAUCGUUCGAUCACUAGGUAAAUUAGGCACAACAUGUACAAAUGAUUAUUAUUGUCGACAAUCAGUUACUCAUUCACAUUGUUACAAUGGACAAUGUUCAUGUAUUGAAGGUUACAUAUCGUUCGAUCUUUACACGUGCAGUCAAGAUACGAACCAAGAACGAACGGUGAGUUCGACAAGUUAUAAAAGUUUACUGGGUGGAGCAUGUCAUACGAAUCGAAAUUGUCAAACUGCAGAAGCUAUCUGUUUGAAUAAUAUUUGCACUUGUCCGAAUAAUUAUUUUCCUAUCGAUGAUUGGAAUUGUUUAAGCGAUUCAGAUACUCCCAAUGGCAAAGUAACCGAGUCGAAGAGUAAAACAUCGUCAACGACAACUACAACAGUGGCAACUACGACUACAACCGUAUUUCUUUGGUGGCCAUGGUCACCACCCUCGACCACUCGUGAAUCUAUCAUUGAUUCUAAGGAUACAUUUCCUUUUCGUUGUAUUCUACAUCGACAAUGUAUUAGCAUGGACGCCAAUUCUCAUUGUACAUCAUUUGGCAAAUGUGUAUGCAACCUGGGUUAUGGAUUAGAAACGAAAGAUAACGAACAAAAAUGCGUUCGGAAACUACUUGAAAUCGAUGAGUGUGACUGA